AUGGGGUUCAAAAAGAUGUUCAAAAAGAAGGAUCCGACCGAGUCGGAGAUCCGGGAGUCGAUGCAAGACGCGGGUCUGUUGGUCAAGACCGACGUCAACGGCUACAACCGAAACAAGUUCGAUGCAUACAAAAACUACGCCGCCCAGGUGACCCAGAAGUCGUCUGCGGCUCCUCCGGCGGCCCGAAGCAACCCCUACGCCGUCCAGAACCAACAGCCCAGCGGAGGAAACCCCUACGCCGCCGCCGCCGCAGGUGGAGCGUCCGGAUCACCAUACGGAGGCAGUGAUCCAUACAGCAAUGGAGGUGGCGGCAACGGCGGUAGCAACAGCAACGGCGGUAGCAACAGCAACGGCGGUAGCAACGGCAGCCCCUACAAAAUGAACAACGGUGGCAACAACGCCGCUCCCCCGCCCGCCACAAACAGUCCCUACAGCAUGCCUCAGAAUGGAGCACCACCAAAAGAAUCCCCAGCCAAGUCGUCCAAGUUCAAGCGGUUUGGACGAAGCAAAAAGGAAGAGGCACCUCCACCCCUGGAAGACCCACGACUUCGACCGCGCCAAUACGUGGCUCCCACAGACUACAACGACGCAGAACGAGACGACUACGAGCCCGUUUAUGACGUGGGACUGCCCGAGGAGCCCGAGCUGCCCCCGCCCCCCAUGCCAGGUGCCGUCAACCCCUACGCAUCUGCCAACCAGGGCUACGGAUCGCGGUUUGGCAACGUUGACCGGGAGCUCGAGGAGGACAAGACUGCGCUGUUUGGACCUCGAGACGAUCCGCCCAUGGACAGCAGCUACAACCCGGCCCUGUCUGAGCAGCCCAAGUACGCCGAGUCGGUCAUGUCUAUGCCUCGACAAGAGCUGUCUCAAAAGGUGCGUCAGAAAGAACCGCCUGCUGCGCCUGCUCCUCAGACGGCUGCCGUGGCCGAGUAUUCCGAGGCGACCGUGGCGGUUGAUGAGGAAGAGGAUCUGCUUCUGGGAGGAGGGUCUACUCUCAACCUCGGCCGGGUCGACUCGUACUCAUACGGCAACGAGCAGGAGUACGGCAAGCAAAACUACACGUACAACUACAACCAGGGCCACGAGUUUGACACGGUGCUUGAGGAGGAGGAGAAGACGGAGCAGGAGCAGGAGGAUGAGGACGUGGAGGCCGUCAAGCAGCAGAUUCGGUUCACCAAGCAACAGUCUGCCGCUUCGACUCGAAACGCCCUUCGACACGCCGCCGAGGCCGAGGAGAGUGGCCGAAAUACCCUUGGUAUGCUUGGAUCUCAAGGUGAACGGCUCUACAACAUCCACAGCACUCUGGCUUUGGCCACCACACAACACAAGAUUGCCGAGGAUAAGGCCAAGGAGCUGAAGACAGUGACGCGGUCCAUGUUCGCUCCUCACGUGAGCAACCCGUUCAACUCGAAGCGACGAGCUCAGGAGAAGGAGGACCGCAUCCGCCGAGAGCGGGCGGUGGCGCAGGUGGAGAGGGAGCAGCGACGCCGUGACGCUUACGACUCGCAACAGCGAGUGGUGGGUGCUCUGGACGGUGUGGGCGAGAAGUCCAAGCACCGAAAGGAGAUGAUGAGCAAGUACGGCAGCCGACCGGGCCGAGACCGAUACCAGUUUGAGGCCGACGAAGAGGAUGAUAUUCUGGAAGACGAGAUUGACAAUAAUCUCGACGAGCUCAGCAACGCUGCUGGCCGUCUGAAGAAGCUGGGUUUGGCCAUGAAUGAGGAGGUGGAGCAGCAGAAUGAGAAGCUGGACCAGAUUGCCGAGCAGACGGACGAUUUGGACAUUUCUGUACAUCUCAAUACCGCUCGUCUUGCUGGUAUUCACUAG